UUCGCGACGCGCCGCACGCAUCUCUUGCACACCAACGUACACCCACGACAGCCACCAUUCUUUCUUGGAAACCAAGAUCACGACAAUGCCGAAGUUCUUCUGCGAUUACUGCGAUGUGUAUCUCACGCACGACAGUAUGAGCGUGCGCAAAGCGCACAACAGCGGUCGCAACCACCUGCGCAACGUUCAAGCCUACUAUGAGCAGAUUUCCAGCGACCAGACACAACAAGUUAUCAAUAGUAUCACGGACGCAUACAACUUGGAAGGCCAGGCGAACCCACUGUACACAGCGAACUUGAAUGGAGGAUUUCCUGGAGGACCAAUGGCUCCACCCAUGGGUAUGGGAGGACCGAUGGGGAUGCCCAUGCCAGGUGGAUUCCCGCCGCCAGGCAUGCCAGGAAUGCCACCACCAUUUAUGCAGGGAGGACGAGGCGGCCCACCUAACAUGCCUCCAAACCUUAUGCCACCUUUCCCACCAAACGGUAUGCCACCAAUGCCUGGCGGCAUGCCUCCAUUCCCACCACCGAACAUGGCCGGAGGACCGCCGAACAUGUCUGGAGGACCAUCAAAUAUGCCAUUCCCGUUCCCUCCGCCGAACGCAGCGGGUUCACCACCAGGCGGCAUGCCGUUCCCGCCGCCAGGUGGUAUGGGCAACAUGCCACCUCAGCGCUUCCCUCCCGGCCCACCUGGACGCUAGGUGCAAUCUAGUGUGAACAUGGGAGGAACGAACUACACGAUACCAGAAGGAUACUUCGCGGGGCAGAGACGCAAGCGCGAUGAUAUGGAGAUACCCAACAUGCGAGGAGGCGAGGGCCGAGACUGGAGUGGGUCCGCAGCUGCUACAGGGGCGAACGCAGCUGCGUUGCCGAAGAGGUUAAAGAUUGAGCCCGCAGCUCCAGCAGUGUCAUUCUGAACAUCAGAUCGUGAUACAAUGUACGUUCAGUAUGCUUUUCACAGUAGACUGGACUCACGGUGGUAUAGCAGUACCCAGACCAUCAAAAGCAACAAAAGAACGAAUAGCCGUACACUAGAUACUGGUAAACCCUUCUAUUUCC